AUGGUCACUUUGAAAAGACACAGUGAGAGUAGUCACUUGCUUGGUAGCCACGGGGAGUCGCCGUUGUUGCAGGAUAGAGGUGUCAACGACAACUAUCAAGCACUGGAGAGUAAUGAGACGACAAACGUUGAUGACAAUGACACUAGUUCUCAAAGCUCUGAAACGUUAUUGCGAAUACAGGUUGAGAAAAACGAACAGUUACCUUGGUUUUCCAGACCAAGUGUGUUUGGCAUCAUUCAAGUUGUAGGUACGUUGACCAUGAGCAUUGCCAUGGCGGAUUCAACACGUCAAAUUGUCUUGUACAAACUCGCUGCUAAUACUAUAGCGACAGAAUGUCAGUUAAACGGUUCAAGUUGUAAUGAUGGUGAUAAAGACAAGGAAGAGAUUGUGCAGAGUUUAUUAGCAACUUAUAACCAAUUUUUAUUAGUUGGUCUAACUGCCUUUUCAUUACCCUUGACAGCAAAAUAUGGAGAACUCUCAAACAUAUAUGGCAGAAAACCAUUCUUUAUUGCAUUGGUGUUAACCUCGCUUUUGUCUCGUUUUUUGCAAUAUUAUUUGUAUUCGUUCAAUAUCUUAAAAUUCAAAUCAUUGUUAGUUGCCAAUUACUUGCAAGCAAUCACUGGAGGUACGAAUAUCAUAUCGGCACUAGCAAACUCUUAUGUAAGUGACAUAACACUACCCAGCAAAAGAACGUUUGCUUUUGGUUUGGCGAGUUCGGCAACAUUUGUCGGACAAUCUUUUGGUCCAGCAUUGGGUACACUUUUAAGCCUCGGUUUGAAAAGUGGCGGGAAUGUCAGCAUUAGCAAGUUGCAAGAACUCACAUAUGGCGAAUGGUUUAUUUUGAGAGCAGAGUUGUUAAUGCAACUUUUUUUGUUGUUUUAUGUUGUUGCGAUAUUCCCAGAGUCUAGAGGUAAGGAGAUGAAGAAAUCAUCAGAAGAUCAAGCUUUAUCGAAUGAUGACAUAUUAGAUGAAUCCGUUUUUCCUAAACCAAAUUCUAGGAAAGGAGCCAUUGCAAUGAAAGAAAUAUUACUGUUUUGCAAUAUUUUCAAGCCAUUACGUUUGUUGAUUUUUCCGAAAGAUAUGGCUAGGACAAGAACAAAACACAGGUAUCGCCAAAUCAAACUUGCCGUGAUUGGAUUAAUUGCAGCUUCGGUUUUUUACCAGGGCCUUAUUUACGCCAUGAAUGAAUUGGUCAUGCAAUAUGGUAUAUUCAAGUUUGACUGGAACUCAGGAGAUAUAGCCCAUUUACUAUCUAUCAUUUCCAUAGCCAGAGCAUUCUCAUUGAUUCUUCUUCUACCAUUUUUGGAAAGAAUUGUUUUGAAAAACUGGUUCAAGUUGAAAAAUCUAAACCUUCAAUUUGAUAUGAUUGAGUAUGUAUUACUAAUGAUUGGUUUUGUUACUGGGCUUAUCCUGUUUAUAGCUUUCUAUUUGGCUCAAACAACAAGGCUGUUUUUUAUUAUAGUAGGUUUUUUUUCAAUCGGUGCAAUUAUUGGUCCAACAAUGGAUAGUACCAUAUUGAAAUUUUAUCCAAACUCCAAAAGUGCUCAGUUGUUCUCAGCAAAUAUUUUGAUGUUGAAUAUUGUUGCUAUAUUCACAUCUCCGAUUGUUCUUGGAGUGUACAAAGCUGCUUUGAAUUAUGGAAAUGCCGCCUUGCCUUAUUUGGUAUACGCAAUAGCAAUGGCUAUCUUUGUAAUCAUUGUAUAUACAUCAAAGAGAGUUCUUGGGUUGGAUAGAGACACUACGGAUGAGCAGUUGACGAAACAAGAGAGGCAGCACUUUUAA